AUGGAACGACCUCCAACUAUUCCUAUUUCAAAUCGUAACUCAUUUGGAUAUCGGUCUGGUGGAAAUUUGUUAAAUUCUAUCACACCGUGUAAAGAAUAUUACACGCAUGAUUCUUAUGGCAAGUCUAAAUACUGCAUUGAAGUAGAUUUACAGGGUUAUCCACAAGAAAGUAUCCGAAUCACACGACAAUCACAAGAUGUAACAAUAAGUUUGAAUUAUGAAGAAAUUAAACCAACUGGAGAAAAAUAUAAACAAGAAUUCAAGCGUGAAAUUCAAUUACCACAAUCUGUCGAUUUAAAUACACUGAAAAGUACUAUUCUGAAUAAAAAUACAUUAUUAUUAUGUGCUGAUGUAAAUAGACGUGAACAACCAAUUUUAAGAAGUUCACAAAUGAGUCCUAAUUCAAAACGUCAUAUUAAUUGGGGAUUAUCACAUUCACUGCCAUAUCAUAAUUCAAUACCAGAUUCACCUAGACUACGUACAUCAUUUUCAACUGAAACACGACAUCGAAAUUCAUCAUUUACAAAUUUACCAAGUGAUUUCAAUAAAUCAUUUCGUAUGAAAAAACGUAGUUCAACCACUUACCAGAAUACACAUCAAUCAUCAAAUCAUUAUAGUAGAAGUAGUUUUACUACAAAACCUGAACCAAUUAAUAUACCUGUACGUGUUGAAACCAAUCAAUGCCAGAAUCAUUCAAUUCCUGUCAGUGAUGUACAUAAUAUCCAUGUGGAAGUUACAAAGCAUCAACCAGUUCAUCAUGUGAAACAAUCUUCUAAGCAAUUCAAUUCAAUUCAUCAUAAUCAUCAUCAUCAGCAGCAGCAACAAUCUCAAUCACAGUUCUUACAGAAUAAUCAUAGUAGUAGUCAGAAUAAUAAUAAUUACUAUUAUUCACAAAAUGAAUAUAAAGUAUUAAAUAGUCAUACAUCAAAAUCUCAACGUCCAUUACAUAUAAUUCCAAUAACAAAUAAUUUCGAUGAAAAUGAUUUUAUAAAAAAUCAUAAUAUUACAACAAAUCGUUUAAUUAAUCAUACUACAACAGCAACUACAACAAAAACUAAUAUGAACAGUAAUAAUAUGAAUAAUAAUUUCUCAAUAAAACCUACUAAAUUUUAUAUACAAAGUAUGAAAGUUGGCAUAGAUGUAAAACCAGAAGAUUUAAAUAUUCAUUUAAAAAAUGGUUUACUUACAAUUAUGAUUAAACAAAAAUGUGAUAAUAUUGACAGAAAUCAACAAACAAAAAUUGCACGUGAAUUUUUACAUGAAAAUACCAUACCAAUUAAUGUUGAUCAAAGUAAAUUAAUUGCAAAGUUGGAUAAGGGAAUAUUAACAUGGGAAGCACCAUAUAUGACAACAACAACAACAACCGGCGAUCCAAUUGAAAUUCCAGGAUAAACGAACUUCAACUGCAAUGAUAAUAAUAAUAGUAAUACUUGAAUCAUGUAAAAAUCCACACAUUCAAUAAUCAAUCAUUAAUGAUAAUAUAUAGAUGAUCAAUAGAUUUAUACAAAUUUAUUCUUUAUAUUGUAUGUCAUAUUUACUUGUUUGUUUUACUUUUUUGUGAAAGAUUCAUCUUUAUAUAUUUAUUCUAUGAGAGGAUAACUAUCACACUAUCAAGAUUAACAUUUAGAAAAAAACAAAAUCGAUUAUAUUGUACAUUCACACUCAAGUGAAUUAAUUAUUUGUUCUUUUUUUUUGUAUUCAUCAAUUGAAACAGAAAUUCAGAAUUCUUGUUUGUUUAUUUGCCUUUUACUUGUCAAAUAUUUUAGUUUCAUUCAGACAUAAUUUAUAAUGUGUUAUACUAAUGAUAAUAAUAAUCAUCGUGAGCAUGAAUUAAUUUUUUUCUCAUUAAAAUAUCUAUCUUCCGACUGUGCAAAUGACAGAUAAGCAGACUAUGAAAGAAUUCUUAACCUUCCACUGAAAUAUAUGUUGGACAGCAUCAGUGCAACUCCCUGUGUAUGUGAAGCAUUUUCAUCUUCAUGACCAGAGUAUAACAGCAGUUCCCCUGAAUCUAUUCUCGGUUGUCCUACCUGCAUCCAAUGCGUUUCGUUGAUUCCAAGUGCUUCCAUGUUGAAUCUUCUGAUUUCUGCAGCAACUUGAAAUAGUCUUCCAGUCUCCCACAAUGUUCGAAUGUUCCAUUUACCUUAAAGAAUUGUUGCUGUGAUUGACAGAAAUGGGCAUCGGAAUUGUGACUUCCGAGGGAACACAGCUUUCAUCACUAGACAUGAUAAUUCUUCUCCCAACUGACAGUACAGAGUUAAAAUCGUUUGAAUUAUUUGUUCUGGUUGGCGUUUUUUAGCGAUUUAUUUGUUUCUGUGGGAUCGGGUCGCCAACCACAUGCUCAACACUCCUCCUUUAUCUGUCUUCUGAACUGGCAGUAGCCCCGAAGGGUUUUGCAGGCAGAGUUACUGAAAUAUGUAUGUAUAUAUAUAACACAAUUCUUAAUAAUGUUGUACUUUUUCGGUGACUUUUUAAAGUCAUUCGUAAAUCGAUAAAUUUGAAAAUUAAAAACUAUCUGCGUG